CGCUAGUCUAGCUGCUGUUCGACAGCACACAAGCCGCCUGUGAAUGGCUUGUUACAGCGUAUCGACUUUCUGAAGAGGAACGAGGUGUAUGAUCGCUGCGGCACCCUUGACGCCUGUCUGUCUGUCGGCAUUCCCUUUUUUCUAUCGCUGAUUGAUUAGUGGCGUGUUGGUGGCCCACGUGCUGGUGUAGGUGUAGUCUGUCUGUCUAUCGUCACGAUGCGGAUCUUCAUCAAGGGCGGCGUGUGGAAGAACAGCGAGGAUGAGAUCCUCAAGGCGGCGGUGAUGAAGUAUGGCCUCAACAACUGGUCGCGGGUCGCAUCGCUCCUCGUGCGCAAGAGUCCCAAGCAGUGCAAGGCCAGGUGGUACGAAUGGCUCGACCCCUCCGUCAAGAAAACAGGUACGUGCCCUUUUCUGCACACGCACUCGCGACACACAGAUGGUCAAUCGGCUGAUGCGUGGACUCUCCCUUUCUCUCUCUCUCUCUCUGUGCGUGCGUGUGUGUGUGUGUGUGUGUGUGUCAGAGUGGACUCGCGACGAGGAGGAGAAGUUGCUGCAUCUGGCCAAGCUGUUCCCGACCCAGUGGCGCACCAUCGCACCCCUCGUCGGCCGCACCGCACACCAGUGCCUCGAGCACUACGAGAAGCUGCUCGACCAGGCUCAGGGGCGCGACACUGACGAGUCCAACGACCCCCGCCGCAUCCGGCCAGGCGAGAUCGACCCGCACCCCGAGACCAAACCGUCGCGCGCUGACGCGGUCGACAUGGACGAGGACGAAAAGGAAAUGCUCUCAGAGGUACGGUGGUGUGGUGUGGGUGGACACACAGCGCAGCGCACUCAGACAGAAGGGGACGGACCACACAUGACAUGUGUUGUGUUUGUGUCCAUCCAUCAGGCGCGUGCUCGUCUGGCCAACACCCGCGGCAAGAAAGCGAAGCGCAAGGCUCGUGAGAAGCAGCUGGAGGAGGCCCGUCGGCUGGCGUCGCUGCAGAAACGGCGCGAGCUCAAGGCUGCGGGCAUCAACGUGGCCCGCUGGAAGGGCAAGCGCAAGCGGGGCAUCGACUACGGCGCCGAGAUCCCCUUCGAGCAGCCCGCCCCAGCCGGCUUCUAUGAGGUGGGGCCGGAGGAGCGGCCAACGGGCAACCUGAGGCUCGCCAACAUUAGGUCAGCAACCAGGGAGGGAGGUGUGAGCGGUGGGAAUGUUUGUAUGUUGUGUGUGUCUGUGUGUGUUGGUGGUCCUCAGUUUGCAGCAGAUUGAGGGUGUGCGCCGUGACGAGGAGGACUCACGGUGAGUCAGCCAGCCAGACAGACAGACAGACAGACACAGGCAACAGGAGCAUGUGGGGGCCAUGUUGCUGCCUUUUCCUCUCUCAAUCUGUGUGUGUGUGUGUGUGUGUGCAGGCAUCGAAAGGACGACCGUCGCAAGCUGGACCGUUUGAAGAAGGAGAACCUCCCCGACUUCAUGGACAAAGUCAACGCACUCAACGACGCCCAACACGUAAGACCAACCAAGCCACCACACAUGGCAUGCCCCCGUCCGUCCAUGGCCACGCGCACGUUCACCCGCUCCUCUCUGUGUGUGUGUCCAUCCAUCAGUUUCGGAAGCGCACUAAGUUGAGCCUCCCAGCGCCACAGCUGACCGAUACCGAACUGGUCAGUACAGGAAGGAAACAGACAGACAGACCCAACACACGCACGGCAGAGAUGACUGGAUCGAUGGUGACAUCUGCUUCUUCCUUGGUGGUUCGCUGAUCAGGCCGACAUAGUCAAGUUGGGUGCCGAGGGCGGUGCGUUGGCCGAGGAGGCCGGCGGGGACGCAUCGGCCAAUCUGCUAGCCAACUACGCACAGACACCACGUACAAACCCACAAGACGGCAUACAACACCCUGACACAUGUGGAUCUAUAUCGUCUGUCUGUGUGUGUGUGUGUGUGUGUGUGUGGGCGUGCAGAGACCCUGAUGACGCCGAUGCGCACGCCCCGUCAGGAGAACACGGUUUUGUUGGAGGCGCAGAACGCCAUCGCACGCAGAGAACAGCAGACGCCCCUACUCGUACGCAACACACAAAACACACACACACACCCAACGCUUGCACGUGGCCACUGAGUGUUGUUGUGGUGUGCUGUCUGUGUCUGUAUCUGUACAGGGUGGUGAGAACCCGCAGCUUCACGCGACGGACCUUGACAAGCGUGCCCCGGCGGCCGGCGUGGAGACGCCCCGCACACCCAACCCACUCGCAUCGUCACUCGUGCCGGUCAGCCACCCAACACGCAAGACAACACAUGCCAAUCCAUCCAUCCAUCUAUCUCGUUCUGUGUGUGUGUGUGUCCAGGUGGGCAGCGGCACCCCGUCGGUGAAGGGUGGGUCGAUGACGCCGGGCGGUGCCUCUGUGGGUGGUGUGGGUGUGAGGGGGGUGGGUGGGGGUGCGACGCCCGGCACGGGCAGCCAGGCUGGCGGCAUGACGCCCUUCAGGGACGAUCUCAGCCUCAACGAGCCUGGCGCCAGAGACCUGGAGGGACUCUCCAAGUGAGCAACGGAGGAAAUAACGGCAUGGGAGAGAUGUCGGCGUAUGUGUCUUGUUGUGGUUUGUGUAUCGUGGUUUGUCUGUUGGCAGGUUGCGUAUGCGUCGUCUGCAGAGUGAGAUAAAGGAUUCGCUGGCGAGUCUGCCGGCACCAGUGAAUGAGAUCGAGGUGGCCAUGCCGCCAGACGGACAGAUGGAUGACGGCAACGACCAGGUCAGCCAGCACCUACCAAACACAGAACACCACACCCGGCACGCGUGUGGUGUUGUGUUGUGUGUGUCAGGGUGAGGCGAUGGAGGUAGACAUGGAGGAGGUCAUCAAGCGGCAGGAGGCUGAGAUGGAACGCAUAAAGGAGGAGGUCAGAAUAUGCACCCACGCACAGAUCCGCCCCUCCCUCCCUCAAUCCAUCCCUUUCUCCCUCCCUGUCUCCUCAGGAGCGCAAGAAGCAGACGCAGGUGGUCAACCUGGGCCUCCCGCGGCCCUUCCUGCUCAACACUGUCAAACUGGUGUGUGAAUCGGGCCGACACGCGGAGGAAGAGGCUUAUCUGGAUGGAUGGAUGGAUGGUGUUCUGCUUGUGCCCCACAUGUGUAUCAGGUGCCGGAUGACCUGCCGGACGGUCCUGGCGCGGAGGAGAUGCUCAACGCCGAGAAAAUGGUUCACCACGAGAUGGUCAGAGACCAACACACUCACUGCAGAAGUGACAGAUACGUGAUGGUCUGUGUGUCGUGUGUGUGUGUGUGUGUGCAGGAGGCGCUGCUGACACACGAUGCGCUGCACCACCCUCUCAAGGGCUCUAACGUACGAAGCCAACCAACCAGCCAGCCAGAGACACGGCAGCGGCCACACACAUACAAUCGUCUGUGUGUGUGUGUGCGUGUGUCCGUGUGUGUGGUGUGCAGCCUCCGAAGAAGGCGGAGCCCAUAGAGGACUUCUCACUUGGCGAGAUCGACGUAAGCCGCCGGCCACACGCACAUCACCACACCACACCAGACACGCGCACAUUUAUUGACGGUGUGGUGUGGUGUGGUGUUUGAUCAGUCUGCCCGUGAGACGUUGGAGGAGGCCGUGUCGUCCGAGCAGGACUCACAGGGCCAUGAGGUGGAAGACCCACACAGACAGAAGGCAUGGUACGCGUUGCAAUACUCACUCACACACACACGGUCCAUUGGCCACUCGUGGCUCUCUCUCUGCUCUUCUCUCUCAGGGAUGAGGCCAUUGCGGCCUACAUAUACACGCCGUCCUCACGGAAGUAAACAAACCGUCAGCCAGCCCACUACACACACACACAUACAUGCUCCCUCCCUCCCUCCCUCCCUCCCCCUCUCCCUCCCUCAGGUAUUCGUUGCUGCACACGGUGGGCAAGGCCGAGCGCAUCUCGUCCCACCAGAAGAGCAUCGAGCAGCUCAAGACCUACCUCGCCCGCGAGAGCAAGCGCGCCAAGAAGCUGGAACAGCGACUCGAGACGCUCACCAUGGGGUACCAGAAGAAGGCCAAGACACUGCUCAAGAGUAUAGGUGGGUCGGCACAGGCAGAGGGAGGGGAGGCAGCUGCCGCCGCUUGGCUGCAUUUGUAUGUGCUGUGGUGUGGUGUGUGUGGUGCUUUGUGCUGUAGAGGACACGUAUAACGACUGGGUGCACCGUGCUGACGAGGUUGACAGCUAUCGCAUGAUGGGCCAACAGGUGCGCUGACGCCACACACGCAACUGCACAGGAGCCAUGAUGCCUCUUCUGUGUGUGUGUGUGUGUGUGUGUGCAGGAGUCUGCUGCCAUCGACAAGCGCACGAGUGAGCUGCGCACUCUGCUUGACCGCGAGAAGAGCAAGCACACCUCACUACAGGUGCCUAACUCUCACACACACGUGGGUGGAUUGGAUGGAUAGAUGGAUCCACACACAUACACAUGCCCCUCUCUCUCCCUCCCUGCCUGUGCUGUGCGCCACCCGUACGUACGUGCAGCGUCGCUACGCGAGUCUGAAGUUGAUGCGCGAGGAGCUGGACAAGAUACUGUUUGCGGCCGACACCGCCCCAUCCACACAGAUGGUGGACGGCACGCAUACUUAAGAGGGGAGGGAGGGGGGGAAGGGCCGGUUAGGGUGGGGUGUGGGCACUUCCUGUGUCGGUGUGCGUCCGUGCGUAUCCGUGUGGUUGGUGCAUUGCAACAACGUUAUUUCUUAUCUACUGGUAUGGGUGCUGCUGGUUGGUUCAUGGCGGCGCGGCGUAGUCCACUACGAGAUGAACACGGGAGGGCGGACACAGUGGGUGUUUCAAGCACGGCCCAGCCAAUCAUGUCAUGUCAUGAACACAUUGACUGACGGUUCCACAAGCAACCGCAACUGUCGCUCCAAGUUGCGAUGUCAAAAAACUUUAG